AGCCGCCCGCCCGAGCGCCGCUGUGCCGCCCGCGCCCGUCCGUGGUCCUCCGUGUCCGCCUAGCGGCAGCCCGCGCCCGCCCCCGCUCCCGUGGCUCUACCACCGGGUCACAGAGCUACACAGAAGCUACAAGACAAAGACAAGUUCUCCUACAAUGUCAUACAGACGAGAACUAGAGAAAUACCGUGACCUGGAUGAAGAUAAAAUCCUCGGAGCCCUAACAGAGGAAGAGCUCAGGACCCUGGAAAAUGAGCUGGAUGAGCUGGACCCUGAUAAUGCAUUGCUGCCUGCAGGCCUGAGGCAGAAGGAUCAGACCACCAAGGCGCCCACAGGCCCCUUUAAAAGAGACGAGCUCUUGGAUCACUUGGAAAAGCAAGCAAAGGAGUUUAAGGACCGAGAAGACCUGGUCCCCUACACAGGGGAAAAACGAGGAAAGGUCUGGGUCCCCAAGAAGAAGCCAAUGGAUCCCGUGCUGGAAAGUGUGACGCUGGAGCCUGAGUUGGAGGAGGCCUUGGCCAACGCGUCCGAUGCAGAACUCUGUGACAUUGCAGCUAUCCUGGGCAUGCACACCCUCAUGAGCAACCAGCAGUACUACCAGGCCCUGGGCAGCAGCUCCAUCGUGAACAAGGAGGGACUCAACAGUGUGAUCAAACCUACACAAUACAAGCCUGUGCCAGACGAACAACCAAAUUCAACAGACGUAGAAGAAACGCUGGAGCGGAUAAAGAACAACGACCCGAAACUUGAAGAUGUUAACCUCAAUAACAUCCGGAAUAUCCCCAUACCCACCCUCAAGGCCUACGCAGAAGCCCUGAAAGAGAACUCGUAUGUGAAGAAGUUCAGCAUUGUUGGAACGAGGAGCAAUGACCCCGUGGCAUAUGCCCUUGCUGAGAUGCUCAAGGUGAACAAGGUGUUGAAGACACUGAAUGUGGAAUCCAACUUCAUUUCUGGAGCUGGGAUCCUGAGACUGGUAGAAGCCCUUCCACACAACACUUCUCUUGUGGAGCUAAAAAUUGAUAACCAGAGCCAGCCCCUGGGCAACAAAGUGGAAAUGGAGAUCGUGAGCAUGUUGGAAAAAAACGCGACACUUCUCAAAUUUGGCUACCACUUUACCCAGCAGGGGCCCCGGCUGCGGGCGUCCAAUGCAAUGAUGAACAACAACGACCUUGUGAGGAAGAGGAGGCUCGCAGACUUGACUGGGCCCAUCAUUCCCAAGUGCAGGAGUGGCAUCUAGUGCGUGGAAGCGAAAAUCAUGCCUUUGAACUGGACAUGUUCUACCGAUAAUCUGUGCUCUGCCGGGCAAACCAGAAGGCAAAAUGCCGGCACAAAAUCCUUUUGUGGUUCAGUUCUUCAUGCACUAAGGUUUUAGGUUAACUAGUGGUUGUAGUGGAAGUUUUUAUAAAAUAUGGUUAAUGUGAAGUUUUUCUUUAGUCACAGAAGUUCAGUCUAGUUAUUAUUUUAAAACUAAGAAACCCUCAAACCGGCAGAUCUUACUGAAGAUGGAGUUACAUUGACUUAACCCCAGGAGCCCAGUUUCAGUGGCCUUGCUAUGCGGUGUUUCAGGUGUGUAACACAUGAACAAACA